GCUGUGAGGCUGCGGGAGCGCUGCAGCAGUAGCCGCCUCAGCAGCCGCGGAGCCGCUCGCUUCACCUCCUUCGUCGCUGAGCCGCUCUCGGCCGAGGAGGCUGCAGCCGAAGCCAGGAGCCCUCAGCCCUCGCCUCGAGCUCGCCGCCGCCCUCCGAGGGCGCCCCAGGCCGCGCCAUGGUGAAGGUGACGUUCAACUCGGCUCUGGCCCAGAAGGAGGCCAAGAAGGACGAUCCCAAGUGCGGCGAGGAGGCACUCAUCAUCCCCCCCGACGCCGUCGCGGUGGACUGCAAGGACCCAGAUGAAGUGGUACCAGUUGGCCAAAGAAGAGCCUGGUGUUGGUGCAUGUGCUUUGGACUAGCAUUUAUGCUUGCAGGUGUCAUUCUAGGAGGAGCAUACCUGUACAAAUAUUUUGCACUUCAACCAGAUGACGUGUACUACUGUGGAAUAAAGUAUAUCAAAGAUGAUGUCAUCUUAAACGAGCCUUCUGCAGAUGCCCCGGCUGCUCGCUACCAGACAAUUGAGGAAAACAUUAAGAUUUUUGAGGAAGAUGAGGUUGAAUUCAUCAGUGUGCCUGUCCCAGAAUUUGCAGAUAGUGAUCCUGCCAACAUUGUUCAUGAUUUUAACAAGAAACUCACAGCCUAUUUAGAUCUUAAUCUGGAUAAGUGCUAUGUGAUUCCGUUGAAUACUUCCAUUGUUAUGCCACCCAGAAACCUACUGGAGUUACUUAUUAAUAUAAAGGCUGGAACCUAUUUGCCUCAGUCAUAUCUGAUUCACGAACACAUGGUUAUCACUGAUCGCAUUGAAAACGUUGAUCACCUGGGUUUCUUUAUUUACCGACUGUGCCAUGACAAGGAAACUUACAAACUGCAACGCAGAGAAACCAUCAAAGGUAUUCAGAAACGUGAAGUCAGCAAUUGUGUUACAAUUCGGCAUUUUGAAAACAAAUUUGCUGUGGAAACUGUAAUUUGUCCUUGAACAGUCAAGAAAAACAUGGGAGAAAAAUUUAAUAUUGCAUCAUAACCCCACCCUUUGUAUUUUGUGCAGUGAUUAUUUUUUAAGAUCUUCUUUCAUGUAAGUAGCAAACAGGGCUUCACUAUCUUUUCAUCUCAUUAAUUCAAUUAAAACCAUUACUUUAAAAAAAUCUUUUCUUCUUUCCAAGUGUGGUGUCUGUCUUUUAUCUUGAAUUAGUAGUUGUAUGAAGUCAUAGAUAAUAAUACACCAUAGAUCUUAUGUGUUAGGAAGAAUUUAAAUUUCUUUAAAUCAUUUAUCCAGAUUUUUACGUUUGAAUUAUGCAUUUUCCAGAGGAGGGGUUAUCUAAAGAAAAAUCAUAUAUAUGCAUACGUAAGAAUGGACCACAGUGACUUAUUAGUAGUUGUUAGCUGCCCUGCUACUUAGUUUGUUAGAGCAUUUGAGCACACAUUUUAAUUUUCCUCUAAUUAAAAUGUGCAGUAUUUUCAGUGUCAUAUUUAACUAUUUAGAGUAUGAUUUCCACCUUGAUGUUUUAAUAUCCUAGACAUCUGCUGUAAUAAUAUUUUAGAAAAUGUUUGGAAUUUAAGAAAUAACUUGUGUUACUAAUUUGUAUAACCCAUAUCUGUGCAAUGGAAUAUAAAUAUCACAAAGUUGUUUGACUAAAAGACUGUGUGUUGUUUUUCCCCUAUAACAAAACCAAAGAGUAAUUUGGUUCUUUAUAUCUUAAGAUAAUCUAUGUAAAAGAAGAAAGUAUCUCUUAAAAAUUCAGUUCGCUACAUAUAGUGGGUAAAAAUACAGAUUUUUAAAAAAUAAAAACAAACUUUUAAACUAA